AUGGCCACUGAUCCUGCCGCCCACCAACAAGGCGCCGAAAAUAUUCAACAAGAUGGAGACUCUGAACCCCAACGCGGCCGCGGCUCCACGAGGAGCACCAAGCUUGCCGCUCCACUCCGAAUUCCAAAGAACCGUAGCACCGGCAAUCUUGCUGUUGUGGCUGAAGUACCCGAGAGGACGAGGUUGAGGUUUUCUUUCGAUGCUGGCUCGGGUGUGGCAGAGUCUGACCAAAUCACAAGAUCUCCUAUUAUCACCGAACAUGACCAUGGACUGGGCAUAUCCGGUUUACGGCGCAUUCGUCAGCACCCUCCUCCGCGUACUCCUACCUUGUCUUCAACCGCCGUCUCCUCGCGAAGUCCGUCUGCCGGUAUAACACGUUCCACCUCUAUGACCAUGAUGCUGCCCUCGGGACAGCAAACCCCGUUAACCCCCGGCCCGUCCUCGCCCAACUUCUCCGAAGACUUAACCCGUUUUCCUUCCGAGUCCUUACAUUCUUUCUCCUUCGCCCACCAGUCUGAAGAGUUCAUACAUAAUCGGCAAAAUGUGUUGAAACGUUCCAUAGAGUUUAUGAAAGAUCGCAUGGCAUGGGCCACCUCGUCGAACGCCGCAAUAGCCAGUGCUCAGGCCAGAGUGUCCGGUGACCUCGAGACACAACAUAUGCUUGACCUCCUUGCUAGGGCGCAUCUAGUUGGAGCGGGCAAUUUGCCAAAUACUGACCAUAGUGUCGCCCGGGCCCCUCUAAGCGGGCCUGCCAGCAUCUACCACGAGAAUGUGUUCGAGAGUGACUUCAUACCGAGGACGAAUAGUCCCGAGUCCUUCGUAACCCCUCUUGUAUCGCCGACGACUAUUCGAGGACCUAGCGUAGAUGCAUCUCCCGAGACUACCACCUCACCUAUCAGGGAGGAAGAGGAUAAGCCAACAUCUAAAGAAUUGGGCACUUUGCAAGAUAAAACAGAUUCUGAGAAUUCCUCAAGAACGCCCACCAACGAAAGCGGGACUACAGCCAAAACGUCACCUCCAAUGUCCAGGCGCCCGAGUUUACGGAGGACGUACACAGACGUAGUGUCGGCCGAAAUGCAACAAAAACUUGUAGAUACGAUGGCACAGCCUUUCCUUGCCAGUUCAUCCGAAGGAUAUCCUGAAGCGUUGAUAUCUCCAAUACUGCCACCACUUGCAGUUGGUUCAUCCCUCAAUGCUCCAGGGGCACUGGGGCCGGCAGUACACGGCCAUGCGACGCGGUGGGUUCCCGCAGCGCAAGCUAUAUUCACGACCGAAGCCAAACCACCAUGGACGAUAUUAGCUGCAAACGACUUAGCAUGUCUUGUCUUUGGUGUAACCAAAGCCGAAGUUCGAAAGAUGGGCAUUUUAGAAGUUGUACAGGAAGAGAGACGAGCUUGGCUAGAGAACAAGCUCCUUGGUGCUGGUCCCGAAGACGUGAGCAAGAUGCCUACAGAAACUGCACCCCAAUCGCCAUCCUCUUCAGUUGGCUCCUCGCUACUAGGGGGACGUGGCGGUAUAACGGCUCAUUUAUUAAGCAAACCUAACUCGAGGUUACAGCCACCGAAAGCUCCGGCAGCAGCGAAAGCCUCCGCCGCUCGGCGUGCGCAGACUGUUCAUAGUGGAGACACGACGCCAUCAAAGUCUCGAGGCUCGAACCAUCGUACCUCUAAAUCAAGAGGGGUAUUGCUAUGCGGUGACGUUGUCCCAAUACAGAAGCGCAAUGGUGCGACAGGCUCUGCAAGUCUCUGGGUUAAGGAAAAGAGAGUAGGCCUGAUUUGGGUCCUCGAAGAAAUUCACGAGGAUGUAGCACUAGUGAGGCUUGAUGACGAUGGAAUCGUCACUAAGAUUUCUGGAGACACGGGGCCGAUAUGGGGAGAAGAGAACCUACAACCGGGUAUGGACGUCGGCAAGCUUAUCCCUCGUAUACCUCGCCAAGGGAUCGAUCCUAGAUUCGGCGCUAUCGAUUACGCUCAAAUCGCGAAACGAAGGUAUUUCACUUGCCGAAACGGCGAGAAAGUUAACAUACCUUCUAUGGUUUCGCAAACAAGAGGUCAAACCGAGCUUCGUGUCUCGAGCUUCCCUCAUAUUGCCGGCAUAAUUGUAGUCUCCCCAGAAUCGCUGAAGAUCAAGAGCUCAAACUCCGCAUUCUGUGGGGCCCUGUUUGGUUAUGAGAAACCAGAGGGACAGUCGAUCAAUAAUCUCAUUCCAGACUUUGACAAGGUCCUUGAGAUAUUAGUUGACCACGAUGGGAUCCAGUUUCACGAUGGUAUUGUUGUACCUGAGCAUAGCUUUAGAAAGGCGUCCGCUUUGUUAGCCUUACAUGAUGGCAAGCCAGAUGCCACUGCGUUCUUCCUAAGCCCCGACGGGCUUCCAGCAAAACAUCGUGAUGGCACUGAACUCAAAAUCGAUGUUCAAAUGAGAGUAGUUAAGAGUGAAAAGCAUUCUGGCAAUGAUUCGAGUACAAGCGAUGACGAAUCUCAAACCAGCGAAGGUAUACUCGUGCCGGUUGAAUCAGAGGUUGUCUAUGCGUUAUGGAUUACUUACUCUCGGCAUUUGCAUGCCUCUAACAUCAAAACGGUCGUUGCCACUAACAUUAAGUCCCCACUACCGUCAGGAGUUACAUCCCCCUUACAUCAGCCGUCACCUGGUCAGACGCCAGCACAUACGCCACAGGAUAUGAGCUCAGAUUCAGAGGAGACGAAAUCCAAACCUACUUCUACAGCGUCGGCAAUCUCACAACAGCUCAAAGUUGUUGCAAUGAAUGCGGCUGCAAAGCUGACUGGGGCAACGAGGAACUCAGAAAAGCCAACAAAUUCAUCGCCAUCCCAAACCGAGCCUCCGGCUAGGAAAAAGACAAUUGAUGAUUUUGUCAUACUAGAAGAUAUGGGUCAAGGUGCAUAUGGUCAAGUUAAGCUGGCGCGAUACAAGUACAACGGCGGCAAGAAAACCGUUCUAAAGUACGUGACUAAACGGCGAAUUCUUGUCGAUACUUGGACUAGAGACCGGCGACUUGGUACGGUACCUCUUGAGAUACAUGUGUUAGAUUACCUUCGCCGAGAUGGUUUUAAGCAUCCUAACAUCGUAGAAAUGGAAGAUUUCUUCGAGGAUGAGACAAACUAUUACAUCGAAAUGGCGCCUCACGGAUAUCCUGGGAUGGAUCUCUUCGAUUAUAUCGAACUCCGCACUAACAUGGAGGAAGAUGAAUGUCGAAGCAUGUUCGUCCAGGUAGCCAGGGCGAUACAUCACCUCCAUACCAAGGCGAAAGUCGUUCAUCGUGAUAUCAAAGAUGAAAAUGUUAUCUUGGACGGCGAAGGAAAUAUUAAGCUAAUCGACUUUGGAAGCGCAGCAUAUAUUAAGAGCGGGCCUUUCGACGUUUUCGUGGGCACUAUUGAUUAUGCGGCACCUGAGGUAUUAGCCGGAAAGCCUUAUGGUGGGAAAGAACAAGACGUUUGGGCUUUGGGAAUCCUCUUAUACACCAUUAUCUACAAGGAGAAUCCAUUCUACAGCAUUGACGAGAUUAUGGACCGCGAUUUACGAGUACCGUAUAUUAUCAGCGAUGAGAGCAUUAACCUUAUUCGGUGCAUGCUCAAUCGCGACGUCUCACAACGAUACGACAUUGAGCAAGUGCUCCAGCACCCUUGGUGCCAGACGGAGUAGGAAUUGGUGGUGGUGAUGAAGGUAAACGAAUUAUUCAAUGAGGUCUAGGAGAAGAUAUGGGCGGGGUUUGUACGACUCGGUUGGUUUACAGGCUAGACUGCACUGGAGAAUAGGGCAUGAAUUGGGGAAUGAAGAGAAAUUUACUGCAUGAUACCCAACUCUCUCAAGAAUUAUACCUAGGGAGUAGUAGGAAAGGGAUGAAACGAAGUAGUAACGAGGAUAUAACAAAUAGAAAGCAAAGCGAGCGGAAACAGUGCCGGCUUUUAGCUUUCUCUACGGGUUUCCUCUUUAUAUAUUUUUCUUCCCCUUUUUUUUAUUUUUCUUUGUUAGAAAGGGCAACUCAAAUCCAUCUCAGUGGAAAUGGAAAUGGAGAAUUAGCAUAUACACAUAUGGCGCGGAGUUCAAUAGGUUUACGAUGAUAACAAAAAUGAACAUGAAAAUGAAACAAUAGCAUGCAUAAUGGGUUUGGUGAUAGCAACACUGUUUUCUUGUUUGGUUCGGUUGUUGAAUGAGCGUUUUGAUUGGGAGCAAGGAUAGAUGUAUGAAGUUUAAAUAAGAUCACACCUGCGAUAUAAAAUGAAGGAAUACCAAUGAAGAUUGUGAUAUGAUAGCUCCU